GCAUGGUGCUUGCUAGCGGUACAGAAAGGUGUCCAACCCGCAGCAGGAGCCGUGUUAUUACUACAACUGAAAAGAAUCGAUAGCGUUGUCGUGCUCAACGAAGAAACGCUAACGUUCACGCCCAUAUUUUGUCGCCGGCCUCCCCUUCCUACCUCGCCACAACAAACAACAAACAACAAACACACCGCCGCAUCAGUCUUUGGCCCCAGGCAGCUUGAGCCUGAACCUGCGGGGUGUACGGCCGGACGACGCCCCCGGUUUUCAUGCCGCGGUGGCGGACCUGGUGCCCAAGUGCGUUACGGUGCCGGUAACGACCAAGGCUCUGUCGGAAAAGUUCAAGUUCUCCCCCAAGAAGGACUACGAAGCGGACCGGCUGAUGAUGUCCAGCCUGCAGCUGUCGGACGGGACCGUGGUCGUACUAGACGAGACAAGCCUCGAACCCGGGCAAGUCGGCACGGAAGGCGUCACCAAUCUCGCCGCACUGAACUCCCUCAUGUCGCUCCAAAAGGUCCCCUACGACUUCGGGUUCUACAAGAUGGACUUCGAAGUGGACCACCCGACGAUAUCGCUGUCCGCCCGGGGGUCCGUGGUUCCCGCCGGCGCGGUUGUGCCCGUCGUCGUCGAUGCAUGCGGCGGAACCUCUUCCGGCUCGGAGGACCAAGCGCUGUUGGCGAGGUUGCGCAUUUACCUGGAGGCGACUCGUCGGACGGAGCUGUCGCUGGAUGACAAGUCGUCGGCCCUGGCGGAGGAGGAUUUCGUUAAGGCCCGACAGCAGGGGCAAGCGGUCACGGGGGAAGACUUCCACCGGAUGCUCACGAUAGCCCGGCUGACGGCGCUCUCCCUCGGAGACGAGGCGAUGACGGCAAGUCACUGGAGCCACAUGAAGGACCUGGAGGCGAGAGUGGCGGCUCGGGUGCAACAACUCGCCAGCGGGGCGACAACCGGCGGUCGCCGUACCGCAGCAGGCGGCGGCGUUCCGGCUGCUGCUGCUGCGGCUCCUGCUGCCGGGGCGACGCCGAUCUCACCAGGUGGUCAAGCAGGCCCCCUGAACGCGAUUCCUGAGAACGAGUGA